CUGGUUUCCGGUCUAGUGUAUUUCGCCUGAAACCGGGUAGAGAGAUGUCUGACACUGAAGACGACGUUCUGGACGAGGAGCAGGAAGGUGAAGAACCUCUAGAAGAGGCAAAUGAAGAUGGAGAAGCAGGAGAUGAAGAGGGAGAAGAUAAGGCAGAGGAGAAGGAGGAAGAAGAGGGAGAAGAAGAGGAGCCUAAGAAAGAAGAGCCGCCUCCUCAUGUGCCGCUGACUGAGGAGCUGCUCAGGGAAGGACUGUCGCUGCUGUGUAAGACUGGGAAUGGUCUCGCUCAUGCCUACGUCAAAUUAGAAGUUAAAGACAAGGAGCUCACAGACAUCUCAAUCCUGGAGUCUUUCAUACACCUCCGCUAUGUGGAUUUGUCCCAGAAUUCCCUUCGAGAUCUGUCUGCGCUGGGACCCCUCACUCACCUGCUGAGUCUGCAUGUAGACCAGAACCAGCUGGUCAGUGUCGGUGGACUGGGGGAGCUGCCUUACCUACAACAAGCAAGCCUGGCCCAGAACCGUCUGCAGAACCUGCAGGGAGUGGCACACCCGAGACUGGAGACUCUCAAUCUCAUAGGUAAUGAGCUCCGUACCUUGGAAAGUUUGGAGUGCUCCAAGCUGCAUAGCCUGCACACACUGGAGCUACGAGGGAACAAACUGCCGAGCACGGCCGGCCUCUACCUGCCCAACCUGCGGCAGCUUUAUCUGGCCCAGAAUAACAUGAUGACAUUGGAAGGACUAGAGAACCUGGUUCAUCUCACCAGCCUUCACCUAAGGGAUAACCAGUUGGAGACUCUGAAUGGGUUCUCAGGAAACAUGCGGGCCCUGCAGUACCUCAAUCUCAGAGGUAACCUCCUAUCCAGACUGCAGGAGGUGGAGAAGCUCAAGGUCCUGCCCAUGCUGCGGGCGCUGGUUUUACGGGAGAACCCCUGCGAGGAGGAGGACGGUUACCGCCUGGAGACCCUGAUUGCUCUGCCUCAUCUGGAGAGACUCGAUAAGGAUUUUUUUGAGGAGGAAGAAAGAACCGAGGCUGCGGAGACACAAAGGUCGAGAAUGGAGGACGGGAUCACUGAGUCCUAGAACAAUCCCAAAGUUCAUGUACUCGCCAAAGAAAAACGUCCUCCACUGGUACAGCGGGAGGAACUGUAAAAACUGUCAUCACAGUGAACAAUGCCUAACACCGAGUAAUACUCUGCACACGUAAAUUGGGGGAGGGAGGGGGGCGACAGCCUUGGGAAAUACUCUGCAGGUCCUGGACCAGGAGUUCUCUAUUGCAGUACUCUGCCAUACGGGAGCCUAUCCUGUAAUAUUCUGUUAGUGCCAUCUGUAGUCACCAUCUUAGAAUAUUCUGCAGGUGUCAAAAAGGAAGGUAACCAUCUUAAAAUACCCUACUAGUGUAAGAAGGUAGGUUGUGCCAUUCUAAAAUACCCCAUAAGUGAUACGGGUUGGUUGGUGUGAACCAUCUGCUGGUAUUAGAAGGAGGGAGAAGUAUUCAUUAACAGUAUGCAGGUGCCAUAGCAGAGAGCAUACCCUGCCACGGUGUUCUGCAGGUGCCAUAGGGGAAAGCCUAGCCUGUAAUACUCUGCAGGUUCCAGGGCUUCAGUGCUCAGUUUUUGGA